GCGAAUAACACCGUGGAAAAUAAAUAACACUUUGCGUACGGUGUGUUUAAUUGGCCGUCGCACGGAUGACCGACUGCAAUUUCUGUCUUCCACCGGUGCAGGUGUAAAAUCCGCGGUCCCUCGCUCAGCUGUCCACGGCCGUGUCAGUUUGGAAUUGACCGCGAAUUGUGUUCGAGCGUCGCGACGCCACCACCAAGUGGCCGUACGUGUUACUCUACAGAAGGAAUUUUCGUUCGACUUCCAGAAAGUUCUAUUGGUAAAAUGGGACUUAUUGCUGUUCAGGUUCAUCGAAAGUGGUUUAAAUGCAGAUGCUCAGAUGAGUGAAGAAGCAGAACCGGAUAAAUAGUGGAAGAGGAGUGAGUCUGGUGUGGGUGCAGGAGUGAUAGGAUGAGCCGGGACGAGGUCCAUCUGCGAGACAGACUCCUGAUGUUGGCGGAAUGUUCGAACCCGCACCGGCCGUUCAACAUCAAGCGCAAGUCGCUUCUGGCCAAGCACUCCUCCAAAACUGCACCGAAGCUAAGCGUCCAGGAUUUCGUACGCAUGGAUCCUGGGUACACUCCAGACAUCGAACAUCUUGUAUUUCCGACAAGGAAAAGAAAUCCACAGCAGGUGGCUCCGAUAAAUCCACCAACUCCUGCCAAAACCAGAUCCAGAUUGGUCGAAAUGUUUGCCUUGAGUCGACACCUACAACAACGAUCGGCCGAUAGGGAGACGAAGACCCGAAAUCCAGCAAUCAACAGGAGCGUGGACAGCGUGCUGGAAGGCUCCCCGGUGGUAUCGCAACGCGGAGCCUCUCUCGAAUCCAGUGGCCGCCGAUGGGUGUCCGCCGCCGAAGAACCGCUGAUCCGCCAGAACAGCACGACCGUCUCCUCCACCUCGGCGGCCACGAGGCUUAGCCCCAACAAGCAGGAGGCUGAAGCCGGACCGCAACAGUCGUCCAGGGGCCCAAAUGUGUCGGUGCUGCACCUGCGCAGCACAUCCGAACCAUGGGAAACAAGUCCGACAUCCGCUUUCACUUCCUCCACCGGAAGCUCUUCCCGAUCGUACUUCGCCAAUCGCAGCACAGGCUCCAGUAAUCCACCCCCUUUAACCAAACACCAAAGCCUCGGCGGGCCCGUCAACACGAUUUACAACAACAGCAAAUGGCAAAACUCGCCCAGUUUCCAUUCUGGCGGCGAGGUCAACUCUCCCGACAUCUUCACAUCCGGAAACCAAUGCAACAGAGAAUUGUCUCCGGUGAGAUGGUGCGACCGUGAAGUGGACGGAGUAUAUCUGGGAAGAUCUGGGUGGGUUCAGGUGCAACAGAGAUCGUUGGACGAAAGUCGCAGGUACUCGGGGAAAGCCGCCGCCAAUUCCCUGCAAUCUAGUCGCAGAACCGGAAUGAAGCUGGCCGAUUAUCAUUGCAACAGCGAACCGGGAAAUUGUCCGGAAGUUACCAGACCCAACGAUUCACAACGGCCGGUUUACCUUUCACUACAAACCAAAGAUUUCGAACGGAAAACUGUCACUCCGUCACCUCGCAACAUUCCGGAAACGUAUUCGCCGCCUUCAUUAACUCCUAUUAUAUCUCCUCCGCCGGCAUUUCAAGACAAAAAUAAGUCAUCUCCAAAAUCAAGAACCUUUUUUGGAAAAACUCCGUUUCUGCCCCGUUCCAAUGCUAUUGAAGACAGUGAUGCUAGUCCUCCUACAUCUCCCACACCUAUGCAAUGGAAAUCUUUGGCUCCUAAUCUUCCACAAAGCAUAGGUAGGAAAACCAAGACUGUAGUUUCACCAGUUAAGGAGCAGCCUCCUUUAAGACGAAUUCCUCAAACAAAAUCCUUGGAGGAUACGACAGCAGUACGCCGUUCAAAAUUUGUCCAACGUUAUGGAGAGUCUUCCUCAUCUUCAUCUUCCUCCAUGGGAUUUAGAAGUUUAGAUAGUACCGUUAAUAGAAACAUAAUGCCAAGAUUAUCAGAAAACACAGAUUCAUCAGUUGAUGUAUAUGAAGACGCUGACGAUGAAGACAACAAUAGUUCUUCUAUAAAUAUUAGCAUGACAGUAAAUGUUCAGAAUGACUUUACAAGGCCAAGAGAAAAAAUAUCUCCAUCGAGUCGACCUUCAAGUCGAAUACCUCAUCAUCGUCAACAAACUAGAAGAUCACCGGCUGGAUCAGAUUCUAAUAAACAGCCAACAUCUCCAAGUUCUACUUCGUCUUCGGACAGUAUGGAGUUUUUGUCUAGAUCUCCUCCUCAACCUAUUAGAAGAAGUGCUCCUACAAGACCGUAUCAACAUCCCGUUCAACCACAAGAAGAUAUAUCCAGAGUUCGGAGAUCUAGAAGUUUACAACUGCCGGAGAAGAAGCCACCUGCUGUUCAAUCUAGAAUAUCACCGCAGCAUCCAGAUUCACAUCGAGUGGUGGUAAAGAUUGGUAAUGCACCAGAAAGGCAAAAACGAAUAAACAAACCGCAAAGUCUUGAAGUAGAUGCUCUAAAUGAGGAAUUGUUAAGAGAAGCUGAAGUAGUCACUGGGUAUUUAUACGGAAAUAGAUCUAGAGCUGCCGCUCAGGCUUUACUGAUGCACAGAUACAACAACAACAAUGUGAGCAAAGAGGACAAGAACAAAGAACCCCCGAAACUACAGAACAACGGUUUGACCGUUUACUACGUGGGCAAUUCGAAGAAGGACAAGCAAAAGGUGUUGGUGAGAGGUUCGACGACACCGAACCUGCAGCCGUCCAAAACCGUGGAGGCAAAGAACCCCUGCAACUCGGACACGUGCGAUUUCUGGCCUCACUGUGCCAGUCGGGAUUCCCUAAACCGCGAGGCCCAGUACAUAAUGCGCUCCUCACAGAGUUAUCCCACCCACCAAAGAUCCCUGGACUCGAGCACCGCAGAGAACGGACGCAAACCGAAACGCCGUCUCACCCCGGAGACGCACCGCAUCGAACGUCAGCACCGUGUCAGCCCCAGUCGCGCGUCCUUGGACGAGAAGAAGCCGCAGAAAUCCGCCAGCGGUUCGUCGUCCGGCAGCGAACGUUUCGUGGUCAGCGGGGCCAAAACGGGAAGAAAGGUGAAGAGCGCUUCACCUCCGGAGGACAAACCGCGUGAAAUGAUCCUCACGCGACCGGGAAGUGCACCUGCUGAACAGAGGAGGGCUGAUGGUGCCGUGGAGAAUCAGCAGAGGUCCAUGUCUUUGCCCAAAUCAUUUCUCUCCGCCAGUUAUCAACAAGGAUCCCAGACUCCACUAAGAAGACGAGGAACCGAAAGUCUUGGAUCGUCGCCAGGAUGUCAACGUAAAGUACCCACUCCGGAAGUUUCACAUACUGCACCAGUCACACCUUUACACGAAAAUAACCGCCGCCGAUCGCCCAUAUCGGGCGCCGCCCGCAAAGCCAAAGCGUCCUCAACGCCACAGCUCCUGGAAGAACCCAUCUCUGAUUCUAGAAAAUGGGCGGAGAAAAUAGAGAACCCCAACAUAAGCCCAGUGGCCGGAAAAGACUUCGGCUCCCGCAGGAAUUUAAACGCGAGCACCACCGAGAGUGUGCUCCAGAAAUUCCGCAAGACGUUCUCGUUGAAAUUCCAACAAAAGAAACAGGGAGGAAGCAAGGAGAGCUGUGGCUCGGACGUGGGCGACAAUCUCUCCGAGAUCCUCGCCGAACCGUCCGAAGAAGAAUCGCCGCAACACGUACCCUCCCUUCCCUUAUCGCCCUCAUCGAAUUGCCCUAACGACUCGAAAGACGAGAAUACCGAACAGAAAUACAGGUUUGGUCCGCUCAUUUGGCGUACAAGUAAAGAACGAAAGAAGCUGAACAAGGCCGCCCGCAGUGCGAAAUGCAACAGUGGAGACAGCGGCAUUCAGAUCGAGAUGGUGCCCAGUUGUGGGGGCGCUGGUGACAGUUCUGAGUCCCACGACACCGAUCCACCAGGCGACGAACUGGACAGUCCCCCGACUGUUCGACGACGACCCCCACACGGCAAACUAUCCCGACCCCAUUCCGAUCUGCUCAACCAAAUUCUCAUUGACAAAUUUAAAGCUGAUUUGAAGCAACGUGCUCACAGAAACCAACAAGUUCGUCGCACCAGGUCUGACCUGGGCGGGCAACGUCUUCUGAAUUGGGAUCCACGCUCCUCCUACCGCCGACUGAUGUCGUCGCCAGCCCAUCAUCUGAGACCGGGAAGUGGCGGCUCGGCCCGUCUCCAGAGCCCCAACAAAAAGCCGCCCGACGCCCCCGGUGGUGUUCAACUGCGAAGUGGACGCCGCAGAGGCCAGCUCCGACGUUCACUCAGCCAACCACUUGAUAUCGACAAGCUGUCGCCACUCAUGAGAACUAAAACAGCAGGAUUGAGGGUUGGUGGCUCCAAUAUACUAAGUGAGGAUGAACAAGAUGCAAGACUGGGUACAUCAGACGACGAAGCCAUGUCGGAUUCGGAAUCAUCGAUUGCGUCGCUGAACGAGAGAAAGAAGUCCCUAGAACUAGCUAUGGAUGAAGAAAUGGUGAUAUUGGCCGAAGCAGUAUUCGACCACGUGGCCAUCGAAGCUGAAGAGCUAGCAUUUCGAGCAGGUGACGUUAUCGAAGUAUUGGAAACGGCCAAUCGAGAUUGGUGGUGGGGCUCCACCAAAGGAAAGUCAGGAUGGUUCCCCGCCCAAUUCGUUCGCCUCCGAGUCAGUCAGGAGGAUACCGUAGAAGACUGUUUAGCCGCAAUGGCGUCAGGCCGUCCGGUAACUGCAUCAAUUCGUCGUCGUACCAGCAUAUCCUUGCUGAGCAACGACCAGGUGCGAACUAGUGUGGUGCGUGAACUAGUGCACACUGAAAGAGACUUUGUGAAGGUGUUGCGCGACGUUGCUGAAGGUUAUGUGAGCGAGUGCCGCAAACGCAAGGACAUGUUUAACCAGGAACAGAUUGCAACAAUUUUUAUCAAUCUGGAACAAAUUCUACAGUUUCAGUCGGCUUUCCUAAAGGAUCUGGAAGCCUGCAUCGACUGGGACUCGCCCUACAAAAGCUGUGUUGGCGGCUGUUUCUUAAAACACAAAGAUGGUUUUAAAAUGUACUCUGAUUACUGCAACAGUCAUCCACUUGCUACAGCUGCCCUCCAAGAGCUCUACCAGUACAACAAUUACAGCAAAUUCUUCGAAGCUUGUAGACUCAUGCGCGGUCUCAUCGAAAUACCCUUAGAUGGAUACCUUCUAACACCUGUUCAAAGGAUAUGCAAAUAUCCGCUGCAGCUGGCUGAACUUCUCAAAUAUACCAAGACUGACCAUCAGGAUUACAAGAGCAUCAAAGACGCACUCGAGGUGAUGCGUGACGUAGCUACACUCAUCAACGAAAGGAAACGACGGAUGGAGAGUCUUGAGAAAUUAUGUGCGUGGCAGCAAAGGGUUGAAGGUUGGGAGGGUGAAGAUCUCAUAGAACACAGCUCGCAGUUAAUUCACCAAGGUGAAGUUGUGAAAGUUACGUCGGGUAUGUGGACGAACAACAUAACGCUAUUUCUUUUUGAUCACCAAAUUGUCUACUGCAAAAAGGAUAUUUUGAAAAGGAAUACUUUUGUCUAUAAAGGAAGAAUAUGCCUUGAUACCUGCGAAGUCAUAGACGUUCCCGAUGGAAAAGAUUUGCACUCCGGUGUAAAUGUACGACAUGGAAUCAAACUGUACAGCUGCGUGAGAGACAAGUGGCUGAUGUUCUGUUGCCGUUCGGCGAAUGAUAAGCAACGGUGGUUGCGACUGUUCUCCGAAGAACGGCGGAUAGUCGGACAAGACAAAGACAGUGGUCUCGAUUUACCUGCUGCUGCAAGGCAACUUGCCAGACUUGCUGCCAGGUCACAGAGGCGACCGCCCCGAAAACCGAGAAGUGGUAAAAACUUCAAACACGAUUCUGGCUAUAUGGGAUCGACGUUGCAACUAAACACUUCUAACUCGAAUUCAUUGGGAAGGAAGAUGGGCACGUGGUUUACAUUUGGCACGAAUAAAAAGUCGAGGCAUCAACAGCAGCAGGACAUCUCCUGAGACAAGACCACUUUACUGUAACAAGAUUCUUCCAUGACCAGUCAAAACCCCCAGUGUAUUUAUUCAUUAUGAAGAUCGACCGAAAAUACUCGAAUAAAAAUUGCAUUUUAUAAUUAGAAUUAUUGAAGAAAUGACAAUUUUGUGGUACAAGAUGUUCCAUUUGUCAUGAAAAUUCUAUACUCUCUGAGAAUUAACAUAGUCUGUUAAUCUUUCUUCUCUCUUGUAGAGUGAACAAUUAGAAAUUGUUUACCGUUCAAAUAUUUCCUAAAAUCCCAGCAUCUAAUAAGUGUAAAUAUGAACUGUACAUAUCUUAAACAUGUAUAAACAUAUUCAGUAUUAUGAAAUAUUUGAACGUAUUAUAUAUAAUUCAACAUUUUUCCGAAAUAUAGAGCAUUUUUUGUCGAUUUUCACCUUUGCAAGUCAUAGUCAUAGUGCCAAAUAGACUAGGUCGCGGAUUUGUCUGUUGCGGUAAAUAUAUAUUGUUGAUGUAUUAUUGUUGUUAACCAAUUUUGCAAUACUGUUGAACUAUCAGUGAUAUAAGGCUACUGCCGAAUGUGCUGUGCUAAACGAAUGGAAAACAAGGCCUAACUGUACAUACAAUAAAUACAGGUCUUUGUUUCUAUCUGAUUCUUUGUAUUUUAUAAAUAUUAUCUAUAACUGACUGAUACUUACUCUUUGUAACUCUAAUGCUGUCUGAUCUUACAUAUUCAAAGAAUUCAAAAAAUGACGCACAAUCUGUGUUGAAUCGCAACAAGAAAACUAAAUGCAUUGCACAGGGUAAUAGAUUUUUUGAGGUGGCAAAUUUUAAAGAAUGCCAUUUUUUACUUUAUUAUAUGGAUAUUUGUUAUUAAUAUAUCUGUUAUGGACCAAACUUGUAUUAUUGAAUAUAAAACGGAAACAAGUCACAUGUUGUUAUAUAUAUAUUUUUUGUUUUUAACUUUAUUCUAGCAUGUGUAGUAUUUUUUAUUAAAUAAUUUAAUUUUAUCA